AUGCCGGUGAGAAGAGGACACGUCGCUCCACAAAACACAUUUCUUGGGAUAAUUAUCCGGAAAUUCGAGGGUCAGAACCGUAAAUUUGUGAUAGCCAACGCGAGGGUGGAAAACUGUGCAAUCAUAUACUGCAACGACGGCUUUUGUGAAAUGACGGGCUUCUCCAGGCCGGACAUCAUGCAAAAGCCCUGCACCUGCGAGUUCCUCCAUGGCGACCACACGGAUCAGGAGGCCAUCGGCCAGGUGUCCCUGGCUCUGCAGGGCUCCGAAGAGCGCAAGGUGGAGAUCACGUACUACCGCAAGGACGGGUCAGACUUCCAGUGUAACAUUCAUAUCAUCCCGGUGAAGAAUGAGGAAGGUGUGGUGAUGAUGUUCAUCCUGAAUUUUGAUUACGUUUUGGAUGAUGGGAGCGACAACUCCACAGAGAAGAUAAGCCCCGCAUCGCCUACAAAGUCUGAUCAAAGGGGUCGAUUUUUCCGCUUCCGCCAGGCUGCCUUGAGCCUCAUGAAUACCAACAAGCAAUCUCUUCCACAAGAGGACCCAGAUGCUGUGAUGGUGGACCCACCUAAAGACAAUGAGGACUCAGUAGCUCUGCAAAGUUUCCCCUCACCCACAAAAAGCAUCUGUAGUCCCAUCGAGGCCAAUGACACCCACGCCCUCAUCAGCUCAAGCCACCACUCCUCGCAAACCAGCAUGGCUGCAGAGCCACUUGACCAUUCAUCUCCUAAACUCCUGUGGGAUAAGCUGUACCAGACGGAUGUGCACCAGUCCUCGAGCUCCCUGUCCAAUACCUUCCCAAGAGGAAGCGUGACGAGCAUAAGACGGGCGUCGUCUGUCCAUGAGAUUGAGGGUUACAGUUCCAGUUCCAAAAGCAUAUUCAGGGAUCGUCAUACAAAUGAAGGCCCAUUUAAUCACGUUAAGUCCAGCCUUCUGGGCUCCACGUCAGAUUCCAACAUCAACAAGUACAGCACCAUCAACAAGAUCCCACUCAUUGCGCUCACCUUCUCGGAAGGGAACGACAAGAAGACUCACUCCCCUCCAACAUCAGAAAAAACCAUCAUCGCACCUAAGGUCAAAGACAGAACACAUAACGUCACAGAAAAAGUGACACAGGUGUUGUCACUCGGAGCCGACGUUCUGCCAGAGUACAAGCUUCAGACGAACCGCAUCGACAAGUUCACCAUUCUGCAUUACAGCCCAUUCAAAGCAGUGUGGGACUGGCUAAUCUUACUGCUGGUCAUCUAUACGGCCAUCCUCACGCCUUACUCUGCCGCCUUUCUUCUCAACGACCAAGAGGAACAGAGGAGGCGUGAAUGCGGAUACUCCUGCAGCCCUCUUAAUGUAGUGGACCUCAUCGUUGACAUCAUGUUCAUCAUCGACAUUCUCAUCAACUUCAGGACCACGUAUGUGAACCAGAACGAGGAGGUGGUCAGCCAUGCGGCCAAGAUAGCGAUCCAUUACUUUAAAGGCUGGUUCCUAAUAGACAUGGUGGCGGCCAUUCCCUUUGACCUGCUUAUCUUCGGCUCAGGAUCGGAUGAGACAACCACUCUAAUUGGUCUGCUGAAGACAGCAAGGCUUCUUCGCCUGGUACGAGUAGCCAGGAAGCUCGACCGCUACUCUGAGUAUGGAGCUGCCGUAUUGAUGCUGUUAAUGUGCAUCUUUGCCCUCAUCGCCCACUGGCUUGCUUGUAUAUGGUACGCCAUCGGCAAUGUGGAAAAGCCUUACUUGGAGCAUAAAAUUGGCUGGCUGGACAAUCUCGGAGUGUCCAUAGGAAAGAAAUACAACUACAGCGAUCCCAGCUCUGGUCCCUCCAUCAAGGACAAGUAUGUCACUGCGCUUUACUUCACCUUCAGCAGUCUAACCAGUGUGGGAUUUGGCAAUGUUUCUCCAAACACAAACUCGGAGAAGAUCUUUUCUAUUUGUGUCAUGCUGAUCGGCUCACUCAUGUACGCCAGCAUCUUUGGAAACGUCUCAGCCAUCAUCCAAAGGUUGUACUCUGGUACGGCACGCUACCACGCGCAAAUGUUACGGGUCAAAGAGUUCAUCCGUUUUCAUCAGAUACCCAAUCCACUCAGGCAGAGGCUGGAGGAGUACUUCCAGCACUCCUGGGCCUACACCAACGGGAUUGACAUGAACACGGUGCUCAAAGGUUUUCCAGAGUGCCUGCAGGCAGAUAUCUGUCUUCACCUAAACAAUAAUCUUCUUCACAACUGCAAAGUGUUCCAAGGAGCCACCAAAGGCUGCCUGAGGGCCUUGGCAAUGCACUUCAAGACCACUCAUGCCCCUCCUGGAGACACUCUGGUCCACAGCGGCGACGUACUCACUGCCCUCUACUUCCUAUCCCGGGGGUCUAUUGAAAUCCUGAAAGAUGACAUUGUGGUUGCUAUCCUGGGUAAAAAUGACAUAUUUGGUGAAAUGAUCCAUCUGUUUGCCAAACCUGGAAAGUCCAAUGCUGACGUGCGGGCCUUGAGUUACUGUGACCUGAGCACCAUCCAGCGUGAGGAUCUUUUGGAGGUGUUGGACAUGUAUCCAGAGUUCGCCGACUACUUCUUUGCCAACCUGGAGCUGACCUUCAAUCUCAGAGAUGAGUCUGUGAAGCCUCCCAGUCCUGAGGGCUGUGACUCUGAUGGUGAAGGUACCAGGAGUAUUAAAAGAAGGAUUUCUUUCACACCAGAGCCACCUAAACUGGAAAACAAUGAAGUCAGUACAGAACUGGAAAGGGAGAGAGAGUCAAACCUGUGCCUAAAGAGAUGUUCCGAAGUCCGGGGUCCCUCGACACCUAGCAGCCCUGUUCUUGACUCUAAUCUUCUCGGACACAACGAGGUCACAGACGGCUUGAGGAGAAGUCCAUCUUUUCAAGAUCUGUGCUGUGAUAAAUGGGUGUGCAAGAAGCCUCGAGACUACCUGGAUGAGUCAGCACAGUUCCACGAGCUGAGAGGGGAAGAUAAUUCGGCCAGCGAACUUACCUACGGAGAGGUGGAACAGCGCUUAAAUCAGCUCCAAGAGCAUUUAAACAGGUUGGAGUCUCAGCUAAUGUCCGACAUUCAGACCAUCCUACAGCUGCUGCAGAGACAGCCCACGUUGGGCCCUCCAGCUUACAGCACUGUGACUGCCAGUCCAGACUAUCAUGGACCUGCUGUGAAGAUUCAGCCCGCUGCAUUGACGACGGGCCAUUUUUUCAGCCAUACUCAAAGUCAAGGUCCAAACCACAAAGUAAAGAGGGCCUUCCGGGAAUCAAAAGACUCUGUGCCGAGAUUGGCCAGCCUGACGGUGCCGGUCGAGGAUAACCUUUCAACAUUGCUUUUAAAAAGACAAAGAGAAUCACAACAACAGCAGCAGCAACAACAAGAGAUUACAAGGGAUCAACAAUCAACACUGAUCCUUAUUCCAACAUCCUCUUCCUCUUCACCUCCUUCGGAUUGCAUCCUUAAUGCCAGUGGACUCCACAGACCUGACUCGGACCAGGAGUUACCGAGGCCAUAA